CAUGGCUGCGUGGGUCGCGUGCGGCGUGCUCCUGGCAGUAGCGACGGGCCUGCUGGUCUGCUGGAGGCGCAGUCGCUACCGCAGGCUCGGGGACGCCUUGCCGGGGCCCGCCGGGCUGCCCCUGGUCGGCAACGCCCUGACCGUGGCGGGGCUCGGCGCGGGCACCAUGCAGUACUGGCGGGAGCAGCGCGCCAAGCACGGCUCCACCUGGAAGCUGUGGCUGGGUCCCGUGCUGGUGGUCACCGUGACCGACCCCCGAGACGUCAACACCGUGUUCACCAGCGGCGCCACGGCGUCCAAGCCCGCGCCCUACAAGCUCUUCCGGCUCUUGUUGGGAGAUGCGCUGUUCGUGGCCGAAGGCGAGCAGUGGAGGAGGCUGCGGAGGAUGAUGGAGCCAGCAUUUAACGCGCAGACCCUCGCCUCGUUCCAGGAAACUUUCGACAAGAAGAGCAACGCUUUGGUCCGAGCGCUCGAGAAGCACGUCCGAGGCGAAGCAUUCGACUUGGAGGACUACCUGAUGGCGCACGCUCUCGAGACGAUCACGGAAACCAUCUUCGGCGCAGAAACUUUGGUCGGGGAAGAUAACAAAAUUAUGUCCGUUAAAAACUUCCAACAAAUCAAAAGCAGUUUCUACUGUCUUGUGAUGAAGCCAUGGUUCUGGUGGGUAAGUGUAGUUAGGAUGACCCCUGCGUACAAGGAAUUCAUGAACUUGGCCAAACCUCUUCUGGAUUACGUUGAUGAAGUGAUUCGUCACAAAAAAGAAUCUAAAGUAUUUACCCCUACAACGAAUGAGUGCAAUGAAAGAAAUGUUGCAGGAAACGGCAAGAAAUACGUGGGUUUUUUGGAUCUUGUGUUAAAUCAUGGCAAUGAUAAUAGUUUUAUAACAAGCCAAGAAUUACGAGACCAAACCAUAGGCUUAAUGGUUGGUGGCAUAGACGCCACAGCCCUCACUAUGGCAGUUGUGCUCAUGCUACUCGGUAUCCACAGGGAUGUGCAAAGGAGGGUCGUGGAGGAGCUAGAAGGUAUUUUUGGGGAUGAUGUGCGCAGGGAAGUUACCCACAAGGAUCUGAAACGAAUGGUGUAUUUAGAGCAAGUCAUCAACGAAACUAUGAGAUUGUUCCCAGUGUCCCCGGUUGUGGCAAGACAAGCACAAGAAGAUAUAGUUCUUUCCAAGUUCACGAUUCCUGCUGGGACCACGAUAGUGAUUCCAAUAUACCAACUGCAAAGAGAUCCCCAGUACGUGUUACAGCCUCAAGACUUUGAUCCAGACCGAUUCAGUCAUUCUACCGCUGAAGGAUGGCGAAAGUUAUCAUUUGUUCCUUUCACUGCUGGCAGGAGGAUCUGCAUCGCCAAGAACUACUCGUACAUGCAGAUGAAGACCACCUUGUCCUCUGUGCUCCGAAACUAUGAGAUACUACCGUGUGGCAGUCGUGAUGAAAUGGAGUGCUUGGAGUUCGAGUUGAUGCUGAAGUUGGUGCAUGGUUAUAAAGUGAAGAUCAAGAAGAGAGAGUGGAAAAAUGCAGCUUUCGAAUAAAAUUAAAUAAAUUAGUUAAUGCUUCAUAAUCAACGAAACAUUGGGAAUUUAUCAUACAUAGAUUUAAAAUCUAUAAUUAAUAAUUAGCAUCUGAGACACUAACAUUUUAAAACUUAUUUUCAAUAACAUAAAUAGUUUUCAUAUAUGUAUGUAAUCCUAAAAUGCAACUAUAUGUAUAUAAUACUAAAAUGCAACAUGUAAUAUAAAUUGAUAAAUAAAAAUUAUUAUAAAGUUUUUUUUGCGACAUCUUAAAUGUUUUAAGAUGUUAUAAAUUAUAAUUUAUAAGAUUAUUGGUUUUAGGUUUGAAGAUAAUGACAAAAUAUGGACAUGGUGGCUAUUAAUUUAAACUUAGUUUACUAAAAUAACGGAAUAUUGCAUAAAAUGUUAAAAUCUUAUUUUUUCUGACGAAGUACUAAAAUACAAUAAAUAGAACCCUUAAAAUGAUGUAAA